AUGGCGGAUAACACCGUUCCACAGGCUUCCACUUCCGGUGGAAAUGUCAAACGCAAGUCGUCCAACCAGGAAGCACCAUCAAAAGCCAAGACAAGGGUCAAAGGGACCUCCAAAACGGCAGAGAAGCAGGCAGACAGCAGACAUAGAGCGUUGGAACGACAGUUUUCCAGAGCACAACAACGUGCAAUGCAGGUUUGUACAAGCUGUGAAGACAAUGCAGAAGCCAAUGGCUUUUGUGUGGAGUGUGUAGAGUGGUUAUGCAAGACAUGUAUACGGGCUCAUCAAAGAGUGAAAUUCACAAAAGACCAUACAGUUAGACAGAAAGAAGAGGUUUCUCCAGAAGCUGUUGGUGUAACUAGUCAAAGACCUGUGUUCUGCCCUUACCACAAAAAGGAGCAAUUGAAACUCUAUUGCGAAACUUGUGACAAAUUGACAUGUCGGGAUUGUCAGUUGCUAGAGCACAAAGAACACAGAUACCAAUUCAUAGAAGAAGCCUUUCAGAAUCAAAAA